AUGGCGACAAAGAAGGCAAAAGCCCCAGCCGCGCCAACGGAUGAUGAUCUGAAUGCACUUCUGGAGGGCCUCGGUGACGAUGAUGCCAAAGCAGCCCAGGCGACUUCCAAGGGAGCUUCUCGCCCAGGCCCAGCAGCGAAAGCAGCUUCUUCUCAAGAAGAGCAAGACCUACUGGCCGAGCUCGAGAACCUCGGUACACAGCAGCCAUCGAGUAGACCACAUACUCCUCGUGUCCAGCAAGUGAGGCGCACAACUGCAACACCACCGCCUGGAUCCUCGCGCACUAGUGAGGAGAAGGCAGCAGCCCCGGCCUCUAGAAAAUCUGCAGAUAGCACGAGAUCUUUCCAUACAAGCUUCACCCCGUCGGCGACUAGCAGCGAGGCCCAGGAAGCUGAGAAGAAAGCCGCUGCCGCUCAGCAGCCGGAGAAAGCAGCACCAGAGCCCGCUGCAGGCAGCGGAGGAGGCUGGUGGGGAGGUAUCUUUGCGACAGCGAGCGCGGCAGUCAAGACUGCUGAGGCUGCUGUGAAAGAGAUCCAGCAGAAUGAAGAGGCGAAGAGAUGGGCGGAGCAGGUGAAGGGAAAUGUUGGCGCUCUCAGAGGUUUCGGUGGUGAACUGCGUUCACGGGCAUUGCCGACAUUUACAAAUAUUCUUCAUACCCUCGCUCCUCCAAUCUCCUCUCAUGAGCGCCUCCAGAUUCACAUUACCCAUGAUUUCAUUGGAUAUCCAUCCCUAGAUCCCCUCAUCUACUCCACGUUCUCUAGGGUAAUGGCCCAAGUCGAAGGCGGAGACCUAAUGGUGAUCCAACGGGGUCAGGAAUCUACAGCACGCCGCAAUUCGGAGGCGGGGUAUACGGGAGGAAGUGGAGGCUGGAGCGAUGGGCCAUGGUGGAGACAGAGCAACGACCACCGUGACUUGGGAGUCGUCAAGGGGCUCGUAGAGGGAACCAAACUCGUGCGCGUCAGCGCCGAAGCUUAUGCGACGGAACACUUCAACUCGAGCGGCGGACUCGAACUCGCAGCGCAGCGUGCAACAGAGGACCUCAGCGAGUCGAAUCCCGUGCGAAGCAGCGAUAUAUUCCUCGCUGUACAAGCAAUAUCGCACGAGGCACCACAAGAUCUCUUCCAAGGCCCCUCCCCGGCCGCAGCGGAGCAAGAAGAAUCCAGCGUAGUGGAGGACAAAGACGUCCCCGACGAACUGGUCUCUUUUGCUAUCUAUUUACAUGAUCCCGUACACAGCAUAACCUUCUACACCAUCUCGCAACCCAUCCCAGCCCAGUGGAUUAAGUGGCUCGAUGCUCCAUCUCCACUCACGCCCGCCUCCUCCACCUCGCCCGUCAACCAAAAGAGUGGUUUCUUUGGUCGUGAGGGAGAUGAGUAUCUUGGACCGAACUUGCCUGAGGAAAUUGCAGAGAUCAUUGAAAGCGGCGGUGUAGAUCCGAGGGAAUGGAUUUCAGAAUGGAUAGAGGAGAUCCUGAGUCUCGGUGUUGGAGUUGUGGCACAGAGAUAUGUGGCCCGGAGGAUGGGUGUCGGUGAAGGCGGGAUCGGAAGAGGAAAGGCAAGGAUGGAAGAGGUGCUUGCGGAUGGAGGCGGAGAGGCUGCGAGAGCGGGUUUGAUCUAA